AUGUCUGCGGCCGAGAUGAAGCAGUAUUACGUUGGUGUAGACGUCGGUACGGAAUUUGCACGGGCAUGUAUCAUUGACAAAAGUGGUGCUAUACUCGCAACGACGCAAAAUCCCAUUUCAAGGAGUCAGCCCAAGCAUGACCAUAUUACCCAAUCGUCGAGCGAAAUAUGGGGGGCCGUCUGCAAGAGCGUUAGAGCGGCGGUGGCGGAGAGCCAGGUAGCCGUGGACGAGGUUGCAGGUAUCAACUUUGACGCUACAUGCUCGUUGGUGGUGCUGGAUGAAGAUUCAGAUGGCGAGGUUGCAGUGGGGCCUGAUUUCAGCGAUAAUCGGCAGAACGUGAUCCUGUGGAUGGACCACAGGGCUGUUGCGGAGGCGUCCGAGAUCAAUUCCACGGGACAUAGCGUGCUGCGGUACGUGGGGGGCAAAAUGUCGGUGGAGAUGCAAAUGCCCAAGAUAAAAUGGCUGCAGCGGCAUAUGCCGCGCGGAGAGUUCGCCAAAUGUAAGUUCUACGACCUGCCCGACUUUCUUACCUACCAAGCGACGGGCAUUGAAAGCAGGAGCUUCUGCUCGACGGUUUGCAAAAUGGGGCUGGUACCUAACGGCGUAGACAGCUCCACGAGUGGCUGGUCACGGGAGUUUCUGGAGCAGAUAGGGCUGGAGGAGCUGUGUGAGGACGGCUUCCGCAGACUCGGGGGCGCGCUCGACGAGCCGGGCAGCGAGUUCAGAAGCGCCGGGGAACCUGUAGGGUUGCUUUCAGAAGCCGCUGCCGCGAGUCUGGGCUUAACUCCUCGGUGUGUGGUGGGGUCGGGCGUGAUCGAUGCGUAUGCCGGUUGGGUGGGUACCGUUGGCGCAUCUCCGGACGGCGCACGCGAGUCAGGUGGCGUCGAGGAGCUGGCAGGGCGCCUUGCCGCCGUCGCGGGCACCUCCACAUGUCUCAUUAUGCUCUCCCAGACGCCACACUUUGUUGAGGGUGUAUGGGGGCCCUACCGGGAUGUUUUGGCGCGCGGAUAUUGGUGUACGGAGGGGGGGCAGAGUUGCACCGGAGCGCUUCUGGCCCAUACCCUCCACACGCACCCUGCGUAUACUGAGCUUCACCAGGCUGCGCAGCAACGGGGACUGACGGACUUCGACUACAUCAACUGGCGGCUCGAUAAGCUUCGAGCGGAGAGCGGUGCUCGGUCAAUUCGUGCACUUGCCAAACAUCGCUUCCUGUAUGGGGACUACCAUGGCAACCGAUCGCCACUCGCAGACCCCUCGAUGCGUGCUGCCAUGGUCGGCCUAUCGAUGGAUGUGUCCCAGGAUGAUCUUGCGCUUGCGGUGCUCACGGCGUUCGAGUUCAUCGCGCUACAGGCGCGUCAUAUCCUCGACCAUAUGGCCGCAGCUGGUCUCCAUGUAGAUACGGUCUACCUUUCCGGUGGUCAGGCGCGUAACCCGCUGCUCACGCAGCUGCUCGCCGACGCUGUGCGUCGCCCCGUGGUAACCCCCCGCCACGUCGGUGCCGCAGUCGUCUUCGGCUCCGCACUGCUCGCUGCCGCCGCGGUAGAAAAUUAUCUUGCGAAUACAAACGCGACCGCUUCCAGCAUUCUUCCUUCCUCCGCCAGCCGCGCCCCUAUGCAUCGGCUGUGGCAAAUCAUGUCCCGCCUCACCGUCCCCGGCAACGUGGUCUCCCCCAGCCCUGACGCAGAUCCUGACAUAAGACUUCUGGAAGCAAAAUACAAAGUAUUUCUGGAAAUGGCCGAAGCCCAAAAACUCUAUAGAAAAUUAGUGGAUGACGUCGAGAACACGCCCUGA